AUGGCCACGAAAGACAGGAAGGUGAAACUGGUGUCAAUGGACGGUGAAGCCUUCGAGGUGGAAGCCAAGGUGGCGGCCAUGAGCAAAUUGGUGCAAACACUGGUGGACGACGAGCAGGAAGGCGAAGAGGUGCAGGAAACCCCGCUGCCCAACGUCAAGUCUCACGUUCUGGCCAAGGUGGUGGAGUUUUGUCAGCACCACAAAGACACACCAAUGGCCGAGAUCCAGAAGCCACUCAAGAGCAACGUUCUGAGUGAGUCAGUAGACGGGUGGGAUGCCAAGUUGUUGCUGGAGCUGUUGCUGCUGGCUGAGCAUCUGCAAGUGAGACGAUCCGGAUGCCACGACUUGAGGCAGAUUGGGCGCUUUACUGCGUUGGAACUGGCGCUGCUGUUCUUGUUGAUGACGCUGGAGCUCCAUUCGUUGUUGCUCCUGCUGUCGUCGUUGCUGCUCUUGACGUUGCUUCUCCUUACGCUGCUGUUCAAGUUCCAGCCGUUGUUGUUCCAGCCUUUGUUGCUCUUGGCGCUGCUUUUCCUGUUCUAG